AAAAAGUGCGAGGUAGCGAGAAAUGGCGUCGCAAGUUGUUUUUUAUUCGUAAUCAAUGUGUUUCUAAUCAUUAUAGAUGAUUGUAAAAGCUAUACGUAUUGUUAAGAUAAUACUGAUCAGUUCCGUCGAUGUUUAAUUGAAGAACUGUGGUUAUAUUGACGUGAUUAUAUCUUUGACCGUCGGACAAUGGCGUCGUCGAACGAAGCGAGAGUUACCAAUGUAAAAGUUAGUGAAAAUCGCGAUUUCAUGGACAAUUACUGUGGCUCCAAAAGCUUAGGAGAUGCCGGCGAAGGUGCUAAACGUCGUCGUACAACAUACGACUGUAAAAAUGUGUCUCAACAGGGAUGCGGGACAAGUGUGUCAACUGAUCUAAAACAUACACCAUCAACUGAAUCCAAAGGUAAAAAGCGCAAGCUCAGCGAAACAUCAAAGGAGCUAUGUGUAUGGGGCGAAAACACUCGGCCGUCGAAACAAAGCAAGAUAUGGCCGGUGUUCGACUCCGGAGGGUACGGCAACGGGGCUGUGCUGAAGCUCAAUGUCCUCAAGAAGACACCACCCAUCAAAAACCCCCUACUUUUCCACACAACCUGCAACCAGGACUUCGAGCUAUCAGAGAUCAACCGCGAUCCCUUCAAAGCAGACUGGUUUGGAGGUCUCCAUGCCUGGUGGAAGCAAACACAAAUGUCCAACAAAAUGGCUGACGAUGACGUGACAAAGAAAAUAUUUUCCUCAGUGUCUCGUCAACUGAGAAUCAUCAACACCCAUUUUCAAAGGUCCAUGUUCAAAUACAAGUAUCCUAGGGUAACAAGACAGAAUGUCCUAUUAGAGAACUCCUCUGGGAUUCGUAGACCAGCUACUCAUUUUAACCUGACGCUGAAGGCCAUUAGGUUCCAGUGCAAUCCCCGCAGAGAGUUGCCCUGCUAUGGCAAUCUAGAACUGCCCUUAAAGAUAAAGCAAGAGAAUGUCAAUUCGCAAAUGUUUCCUGCGAUAAGAAGUGUAAAGAGUGAAACAGUGAGUGACGUGAAGGUUAAAGUAGAGAAAGAGAGGGACAGGGAGAAGGAGAAGGAACGAGAGAGGGACAGGUCAUCCCACCGCCAUUCUUCAUCAUCAUCAUCAUCGUCAUCCUCCUGCCACCACUGCCGCCGCCGCGCUCGCAUCAAGCGGUGCUCCAUCGGCGUCCAGUGCCGCAGAGACAGGGCAGCCGGAGCACCCCUGCCCAACGACAGCUGGGGACCUCUAGCUGAGACACCCACUGUCAAAGAACUUAAGUAUCAUAGACUUAUGCGAGUGGAGACGCAUCCGAAUGGCGGAGCUAGCGUUGUGUACUUACACCAGCGUGACGUGGACAUGUUGAGCGCACCGCAACAGGAGGCACUCGCCAAGGAGUUCUUGAAGUUGGUGUUCUCGGAGGACAGCGAGGGCUGGGCGCACUUCGUGUGCGGCGUGGUGCGGGGCGCGGCGGGCGCGUUCCCGUGCCUGCUGCAGUACCUGGCGGCCGCGCACCCCGCGCUCUCCGUCAAGGCCGGCGUGCUCGCGCGCGCCUCCGACAUCGAGACCACCACGCUCAGCAGAUACUACCAACAGGUGCAACAGUCGUACGCGGCGGGCACGUUCCGGUGCGGGCCGCUGCACCAGAUCUCGCUGGUGGGCACCGUGCACGAGGAGGUCGGGGGGUACUUCCCAGACAUGCUCGACAUGCUCGCCACCUGCCCCUUCCUCAAUUUGACAAUGCCGUGGGGCCCAAUGUCUGCAGUGGAGAUGGAGCCGCAGGAGUCCAACGAUGGCCCCAUCCUGUGGAUCAGGCCCGGAGAACAGCUUGUACCCACUGCAGAAUUAGGGAAGAGCCCUAUUAAAAAGAGAAGGACGGGUAUAAACGAGCUCCGUAACCUCCAGUACCUGCCUCGCUGGAGUGAAGCGCGGGAGUUUCUCUUCGAGGAUCGAACCCGCGCUCACGCAGACCAUGUAGGCCACGGUCUCGACAGGAUCACUACUGCUGCAGUUGGUGUACUAAAAGCGAUCCACUGCGGCGACGAGUCGGACCGCGGCCGUAUAACGAAGGACGUGGUCGCGUUCCACGCGGCCGACUUUAACAAGCUCGUGCAGCUACUACAGCUCGAUCUCUACGAGCCUCCCAUCUCUCAGUGUGUCACCUGGUUGGAAGAAGCGAAGCUGAACCAGCUCCGCCGCGAGGGCGUGCGCUACUCGCGCCUGCCGCUGUGCUCCGACGACAUCUACUUCUUGCCCAGGAACAUCAUACACCAGUUCCGGACCGUCUCCGCUGUCACCUCUGUCGCGUGGCACUUACGUCUGAAGCAGUACUACCCGACGUCGGAAGCUUCCUCCCCGGCCGAAGAGCGUCCUGCCGACCCAGUACCUGUCACUAUCAACCAUACUACAGAGCCUAAAAAGUCAGCUAAACACAAAGCCGGUGUUAUCGAAAUGAGGGCACUGAGCGCGAAGUUCCACCAAAAAUUAAAUCAGAAGUCUGCUCUAAAAGUGGCACCCAACAGAAAGAGUGUCGAAACACAAGUCAAAAGCACAGACAAGAAGACAGACAAACAGGACACAAGCAAAUCAGACAAAAUUGAAGCCAAAUCUGAAAAGCCAGAACUGAAAGUCGACAAAACAGAACCCAAAGUUGAUAAAUCAGAACCGAAGUCUGACAAGUUAGAUGGUAAGCCUAACAAAAUUGAUUUGAAAGCUGAAAAGACUGAUUUAAAGACAUCCGAGAAAAUUGAGCCCAAAGCAGAGAAAACUGAAAUCAAAGAGAAAAAUGAGAAAUCUGAAAAAGUAGAGCAAAAGUCUGACAAAUUAGACAAAUCAGAUAAAAUUGAGCAAAGUAUAGAAAAGUCCGAAGUGAAAAAUGAUAACGUAGAUAAAGACAAAAAUAGAUCAGAGAAAACAGAAAUCAAAACUGAGAAAACAGACUCAAAAUCUGACAAAAUCGACACAAAGUCAGAUAGGACAGAAAAGUCUGACAAAAACCACAGGCACAAGGACUCUGACAAACAUCGCUCAGACCGUUCAGAGAGGUCAGAUAAGACAGACAUAAGGCACGAGAGGUCUGACAAGGAUAGGUCAGACCAUCAUCGCCGUCGCUCGUCAUCAUCGCGUCACAAAUCGUCUCACCAUAAGUCAGACCGACCGAGAGAACAUAAGAAAGAGCACAGGAGUUCAGACGAGAGGAGAAAUGAGAAACAUAGAGAUAGGUCUGACAGUAGUAGAGACAAGUCCGACAAGAUGGCGGACAGCGGGAAGUUACCAGUGGAUGUGGUCCAACGACCACCAGAUUAGUGGACUAGAGUGAUACAGUGAAGUGAAAGUGUUUCGUGAAGGAUUUUGAUCAGUAAGUAUGUUGUUAUAAGUUUCAUCAUAAGAUCUUGAUCACUUUUGAAUUGGUUACGGAGCGGAUCUCAUAUUUUAUACGUCUGAUUUGUGUGACUGAUCGAGUUGGAAAAUUAUUAACUAAUUUAUUGUACUAUCCUUUAGUAUAAUUGUUAUUUCGCUGUCUAUUCAACGCUAUUUUCAUUCGGUUGCGCUAUAGAACGACAGGACGCUUCGUAUAAUGCCGUCUUUUUGACCGGCGGAGAGACUGUUUGUCUGCGGAUUUUGAAUUUGGACGUCUUUUUCAAGUACAAACUCUUUAUUCCUGAAGUUUUAUAGUGUAGCUUUAAUUUUUAAACUGCCUGUUACAUGAAACAUAUAUUUGAAGGGGCCAAAACGACACGAUUUUGCGAAAAAAAUAAAAUCAUUGACACUUGCACUUCAAUAUAUAAUUAGGGGAAUUCUAGAAAGUUGUUCAAUAGCUCGGGGUCCUUCAUGAAAUAACACCAACUUCUUAGCACUAGGGUACACUGUAAAUAAUAUUUAUAAGCAGCCUCUUAGAGGCUAAGCAGAGAUGGUUAAUGAAUGAACGCGCAGUUUUAGAUUUUCUCUCAGUUGACGAAUAUGCGCGGUUAACUUCAGUGUUGCUAAAUUAAAGUGGUGUUGCCAGCAUAUGUAUUUAAUAAUACCAAUGUUGGAUUAUGCCCUCAGAAAUAGAAAUUCUGAAAUUAAAAAUACAUAUUCUUCAAUUAGAUUUUAAUAAUCAUAACUUGUAAUGUUUUGAUUUGUUUUAUUUUAUUGACAAAUAACAGAAAAAUUCUGUGUCAAUUACGAAAAUUAAUUGCAAUCGUAUUUUGAAUUGAUAUAUGAAGAUUUUACCAAGCAUCUAUAUUUUUAUUUAAAUUUUAAAUAAUUUAUUUUACCAUAUUUUUUUUAAUCAAUCCCAGUGGCCUGUAAGAUAUAAUAAAAUAAUUUGAAUCUUAAAGAGCAGCUAUCCAUGAUGAAUCAAGAUAACUAUAAAUGUGUAGUUGAUUUAUUAAAAAUAUUUUUCAUAAAAACUCUUUUUAAGUAAAAAAA